AUGGAUAAAAGAGACUCGUUAAAAUCAGCUAGUAUCAGUGCUGAUGAGAUUCUGGCUCUUCUGGACUUUUUACAAAAGGAAGAAGAUGCGAUAUCAAAUGGAGGCCAGUCCCCUGAAGCUGGUAUUGCCCCGGUAACUCCAACCAUGGCAAACUCCCCAUCGCAUGACCAAGAGAUCACUGACGGGAAUCAGGAUAAUCCAGAUAAUAAAGAUGUUCCAGAGAUCUCUGAAAAUUCCAUCUUCUCCUUCAACUACCAGGAACUGAGCUCACCAAUACGAUCUCCAGUCAGACGCCAAUCUCGGAUUGGUAAUGAUGAGUUUUUUAAUAUUGGUAAUGAUGAGUUUUUUACUGUGAGAUUCUCUGAUGAUGAUAGUGAUGUAGUGGUUAUUGCUGCUCUUCAAAACCAGACUCUCAGAGAUGCCUUGGGACCAAUUUUUAUUGAGAAGAAAGUUGAUAUAAGGAAGUAUGAUAUUUAUGUAACAGAUUCUAAUACACCAUUACCUAUGGAAUGUAGUACGUUUUUAUUAGCUGGGGCUACUCUUAGAGUCAAAGAAGAUAACAUGAACACAACCAGUCAUUUUGAAACAUUGGUCAUGCAUGGCUGGCAUAUCCCUCAUAUCAAAAACCCUGAUAUCAUUGCUCUCAGUCAUUUUGAAACAUUGGUCAUGCAUGGCUGGCAUAUCAGUCAUAUCAAAAACCCUGAUAUCAUUGCUCUUACAAAUUUGCAAUGUUAUUUUUUUUAA